AUGUCUAAAUCGCGCCGUAAUGUCAGGUUCCCGCACCGAAAUAACGGAGAGCGGCGGCUGAGCGUGUCCUCCGACGUUAGUGAUGCGACUUCCGAGCCAACCAGCCUCGGCAAAAAUGGCAACAUUUCCAAGCAGAGCACCAUUCAAGAAGAGAAACCUCCGCAAUCCGAAUAUGAGAAGAAGAAGCAGACCUUCAUCACACGGACGAUAUGGACCUUUGUUAUGAUUGCGGGCUUCUUCGUUUGCAUGUUUUCGGGUCACAUUUACAUUAUUGGGCUGGUCACUGCUAUUCAGAUCAUCUCGUUCAAGGAGGUUAUCGCCAUCGCGAAUGUCCCCAGUCGAGAGAAGAACCUCCGAUUCACCAAGUCCCUGAACUGGUAUUUCCUCGCAUCGACGAUGUACUUCCUCUAUGGAGAGAGUGUGAUUUAUUACUUCAAGCACGUCUUGCUGGUAGACAAAGUUCUGUUGCCUUUGGCUACUCAUCACAGAUUCAUCAGUUUCACUCUUUACGUCAUGGGAUUUGUGUUCUUCGUUGGCUCGCUACAGAAGGGUCAUUACAGAUUCCAGUUUACCCAAUUUGCCUGGACUCACAUGGCGCUGUACUUGAUUGUGGUUCAAGCUCAUUUUGUCAUGAACAACGUCUUCGAGGGCAUGAUCUGGUUUUUCCUCCCUGCUUCGCUAGUGAUCACCAACGACAUCUUUGCCUAUGUUUGCGGUAUUACCUUCGGUCGCACCCAACUUAUUCAGUUGUCGCCGAAGAAGACCGUCGAGGGCUUCGUCGGUGCCUGGAUUUGCACCAUCAUCUUCGGUUUCUUCAUGACUAACCUGCUGAUGCGCUCCAAGUACUUCAUAUGCCCAGUGAAUGACCUUGGUUCUAAUAUAUUGACUGGUCUGGAGUGCGUCCCGAACCCCGUUUUCGUCCCGCAACCAUACUCUCUCGAAUUUCUCGGCUUUGAUAAGACUUUCUUUGUCGAACCUAUGCAAUUCCACAUUCUGGCCUUUGCCACUUUCGCAUCCCUCAUUGCGCCCUUCGGCGGCUUCUUUGCAUCUGGCUUGAAGCGUACUUUCAACGUCAAGGACUUCGGCGAGUCGAUUCCCGGCCAUGGUGGUAUUACCGACCGCAUGGACUGCCAAUUCAUCAUGGGCUUCUUCUCUUUCAUGUACUACCACAGCUUCAUUGCUGUCUACCGCGCAAACGUCGGCGAAAUCAUUGAGACGGCCAUCAACGGCCUGACAGUAGAUGAGCAACUCGAAGUUGUCCGCGGCCUGGGCAAAUAUCUGUACAACCAGGGUGCAGUCCCAGAAACGAUUCUGGACUGCCUUUCCAAUGAACUCAAGCGUCGAUGA